UUACUGUUUACCUGGGAACCUCUACUACGAUGUUGACCUGGUGGCUGUGACGCUCAAUGGUCACAACUUCACCAUACUAGACGCGACUAAAAGUGGCCUCGUCAUAACCAAGGUCCCCCAGCCCAAUAGUAACCUUCAUGCCUACAUUCUCAGGCUGCCAUUUGAGGAUGCUGCUGUUCACAAGCUGUACUCUCCAGAGGGGCUUCUUCAGUUCUCGAUGGACAUCAACUACACGUUGGUCAUCCUGCCUCACGAGGAGCCUUACUACUACCUGGCCUCAGUUGUGGCUCAGUUCAAUGAUGUCUUUCCUCCGGUCUUCAAAGCGUCUGCAAUGAGAAAAGCAUCAGUUUCCAGAUAGCCCAUAAGCCAUUUGACUACCUGUGGGAGGUGGGUGUUGGCCCCUACAUUCUCACCACAAAUCUGGCAGCCAAGCGGGGCUACAUCAUGCAGAAUGACAGCAAGAGUCUGACCCUGGAAGUGCCCCUCUUCUCUGUUGGCUACUCUUACAAGGACAUCAAUUUGAAGCAGUUCUACGGCUCAUUUGAAAUUCACUCACGACUUCCUAAGACCUUGGAGGUCAAGAGUUCCUCGGCCAAAGCUUGUCUCUUCCAGACUACUGAGGUCAUAGUGUGUUCCACUGAAGGGGUGGUGACAGUGGUUACUGAUGUGACUCUGGCCAUCCCUGGAGCUGAACCCAACAGAACCUUUCUCCUGGACUCUACCUGCAGGCCUCAAGAGACAGAUGGCACCAGGGUUCUCUUUAGCUUUGGACUCCACACCUGUGGUACCAGGGUCCAGGUUGACCAUCAGCAUGUUACCUAUGAAAAUGAGAUCAAUGUUGAGCACAAGAGCCAAUCUGUGAAUGCACCAGUCAAAACCAGGGAUACUGCCUCUGUGAUUACAGUUCGGUGUGUCUAUCCACUGAGUGACCUAUACAAGCUGUUUGCAUAUUGGCGGUUUGAUGCAGACUCUCCAGGAGUUGGCACCAUCUUGACUAGAGUUCCUGUAACAACAUUUCCACCCACUACCCUCACCACCACCAGAAGACCGUUGACCUCCACAACUACUUCCAACACAGGCCUUAGUCCUGGGAGGGAAAUGCCUGGCAUCAACCCUAGGGCUAAAUACAUCAAAGUCUUCAGCUGGCAAAUGAACCAACCUAAAGGAACCACUUAGGUCCAGACCCCAGUCACUCUCCAUACAAUGGUAUGAGAUGGAGAAAUCUGUUCUACAUGUCAUAUUCCUAGAUGAGAUCUAGCUUCAUUUUAUUCUCUCCACAAGAACAAAUGAAACCACUGACUGAAUCGGGGAGUGAUUGGUGUUUGUGA